AUGUCCUCCGCAAACAACCUCGCCUUCACAGCCCCCAUCAACCCAGCGGGCAGCACCCCACUCACGCGCGACCAAAUCUGGGCUGGCCUCCAGCUAAAGAUUCGCUCCGCCGAGACUUUCGUCUCCGCCGCAAUCCAGUCGACCGAUGUCCUGAGCGAGUCGACCGACACAUCCGGGAACCCGGUAACGGUCCGCGAGGUCCUGUUCCGCGAGUCGCAGAAGAAAGUAAAGGAAGUUGUCACGGCGUUUGAGCCCUGUCGCGUCGAAUUCGAGCAGCCCGACGGAAGUCGUGUGAGCAAUGUUAUCAGUGAAGGUGCGGAAGGGGAAUUCUAUAUGACCUAUAUUUUCGAGUGGAGGCAUCCCGGUAUUUCGAAGCAGGAACUGGCGGAGCUUCAUGAGAGGGAGAAGAAGAUGAGUCGGAUGGCGGUUGAGGGGACGAUUAAGGUGCUGAGGCAGUUGGUUGAGGAGAAGAAGCUUUGA